UUCUUGACUCUAGGUGGUAAAGCAAACAUAGUAUUUAGUUUUCAGCUUAAAUGGUGAUUUGAGAGUGGGCCAUACACAACCUAUCCAUUUAAGCCCAAGCCCAUAUCCCCCAAGAGUGGGCUAUCACAAAGAGUCUUGGAGGGCCUGAUGUUCACACGUAUUCUGGCCCCUGAGCGCACGAUAGACAAAACGUUACAGUUACCGCAUCGGGAAAACAGUGAACGAAGAAUACAAGAAGCCGGGAAAAGCAGUAGUCUUGGAGAGCAAAGUGGAUUCCGAACUCCUACAUCUAUAAGAAACAGAGCUCAUGAAGUGGCGCAGGAUAUGAAGAAUGUCACUUCUACUUCAACCUUUGCUGAUGGGCACAAAGCGCAGACGGUCUUGUAUUAGUGAUGAGAAUGAGGAAAGUCUCUCAGUUCCACCAGGUUUUGUGUCUCUUACAUCCUUCGUACUGAAGAGAGUAGAAAAAAGUGAAGAAAUAAAUAAUUCCAUGUCCUUCAUGAGUGCAUCUAAACAAGAGCCAAUCAAGAUGGACACCAUGUCAGACAUGAUUGAUAUUGCGGAUUUGAAGACAUCUCUUAAACAAAGACCAUGGAUACUUUCUUAAAAAUGAAUGCAAUUUUAUAUGUUCACAAUAUUAUUUAGGGACAAACCGAGAGGGAGUUGAAUGCUGAUGGUUUGGUUUUGCUGUGACAGAGUGAUUGCGUCAAUAUGUUUUAUAGGGUGGCGUUGAGUAUAUCUUACCUCUGGAUGAUUUGUGUUAAGAAUACGGAGUUGAAGGAUCAAAAAUGGAAUCUCUUUUUUUUUUUUUUUUGGUUGAAAAUGCUAGUUAUGGUGGUACUUUGUUUCUUUUGCAGGAUCUCCCUAAAACUUGCCUUCCAAAAGGAGUUAUUCGAGGAUGGCCAGAUUGUAAUGACUGUCUAAAGUAUUUUGAACAGGUAACAGCAAGGUGGCGUCCUGAAGAGGCAGGCAGGAGUAUCAUUGAGGAGGCUCCUGUUUUCUAUCCCACAGAGGAGGAAUUUGAAGACAGUGCUGAGUAUAUUCCGAGCAUACGCCCUAAAGCAGAAGCGUAUGGAAUUUGUCGUCUUGUUCUUCCUCCGUCAUGGCAACCUCCCUGCCUAAUAAAGGAAAAGAACAUAUGCGAAGAUUCUACGUUUGUCACUCAUAUUCGGCGGAUAGAUGGGCUUCAAAAUCAGUAUUCACAGAGUAAAAUUGCUAGGUUUCAUGGAAAUAUGAAGGGUAAGAGGAGGAGUUUGAGGAUAAGUUCAAAGAAUGGCUAUAGUGGUGAAGAUACCACAAACCCCUAUGAUGUUGAAAGCUUUGAGCCUGAUCAGUGAUCAUGGUCCAGAAUUUACUCUUGAAACUUUAAGGAUUGAUUGCUGUUGGGAUUUUUUUUCACUGUAUUGGGUUGCUUCUAUUCAUGGUGGCCACAAGAUAACAGUCCAGCUGGUAUUUUCACUGUAUUGAGUUUUGUGGCUGGUUGUUAAUUUGUGUUUGUGGGCGAUGGAAGUUAAUUGUAGCAUGUCUUCGAGAGUAGAAAAAAUAAAGUUAUAUGUGGGCGAUGGAUUUUUCUUGAUUUGGUGUUUGUGCAUUUUUUGUGGAAGUCAAGUAGUUGCUGGUUUUCUUUAUCCUUGAA